UUGACAAAUAUUUAUUUUUUUCUGGGUAAUAAAAACCUAUAAAAAUGAAUUGUUAAUUGUUUCACUGUCAAAAAGUGAUUGCCAAAUUUAAUAAACUUGGAAUAUAUUCAGUAAUAGAAAAAUCUGUAUAUUAUUUGCAGCCAUAUCGUUAUUUAUCAAGAAUUAGAACUGAUAAACCUCGUGAUAAACAUACUGAGUUAUUUAAAAGUUUGGCUAGACGUAUGAUGCGGAAGAGCCCUAUAACUGUUCAGCAGUGGGUAGAUACUUUGCCACCUGCUCAUAUAACACAAACACCACCAUCAAAUAUGUUUAACGCACAAGUUAAAAAUCCUCGACAGUAUUUAAAAAGGGACUUGUCGUUGCAGUCUGAUGAUGGAUCUAGUCAAUGUUCUAGCGUAGAGUCAGUUCUAGAACUUCGAAAGCCUGACCCAGAGACUGUAUUGAUGGAACUUGGGUUUGGACCUCCAAAUGAUGGAAAUUCUGCAUGCCGUAUUCCUAACAGAUUUUUACAGCCGUCUAAGGUCUUGCCAGAAGUAGAUUUUAAUAAAUUUCUUGAGCAAUAUGGACAAAGAAUAUCUGAUACACCACAAUCUCAUCCUGCUUCUCCUGGUAAACCAAGGCCUAAAUCAUAUUGAUCUCUGUUUAUUUCAAUCUCAGAAAUAAAAGUAGAUUUUUAAUAGGUAAAUGUUAGUAAAAGGGUGAAUUUGAAUCAAAACUGACUUAGGGGAAUAAGUAUAGUAUAUAUUAAUUAUAUCUUUUCCAUCGGACAUAGAUAGUGUAAUAUAAAAACAUACUUCAGUAAUACCGAAUUAUUUAACUGUAAUCAUAUUCAUUACUCUUGGAUAUUAAGAUUUAGGAUAUUAUUUGAUAGUUAAAAAUGAUUUCUAUUUUUUUUUUGUUCGUAAUGCAGUUACCGAUUGUGAUUUGUUCUCAUUCCAUUUAGAUUUUAAAAUAAUUUGAUAAACAAUUGACAAUCAAUAAUUAUUGAAAUCAAAUUAAUUAUAUUGAACCCUAUACCAAACCUGUGAACCUGUUAUCUGAAAGAAAUCGUUUAAGAGGUUUUUCCGGUGUGUUUAAUUUAAGUCAGUGGCAGUUGAUGAGAACUAACGUGAUCAUAUUUUAAUAGUUAAGUACCUAUGUGACUUAUUUAGGGGAUGAUUUUUUAGGCUAACAUAGAGGUUUCGUAUCGAAAAAAUGUCGAAAAAAAUUAGGAAAAUAAAAAAAUUUAAUCACAGAUUGCGGACACUGAGAUCUCGAAAGGGUUUGUACAAAGAUUAGCACAGUAUAUUUUUUUAUAAUCGGCUGUGAUAAUAAAUUUUUUUAAUUUUCUCAAAAAUGUUCACUCAUUUUAAAAUU